AUGCAGAACAAGACCCAGAUCGUCAAACAAUUUCACUUCACGGCUUGGCCAGAUCAUGGUGCGCCCUCUAACGCCAGUAGCUUAUUGGACUUCCAGAGAAAAGUCCUGGGACAUAAAUCAGCAUUGAAUGGGCCUAUAGUGGUGCACUGCAGCGCUGGAAUAGGCCGUACAGGAACGUUCAUAGCUCUAGACUACCUGAUAAACCAAGCCAAAGAGGAAGGUGUGGUGGAUGUGCCGGCCUGUGUCAGGCUGCUCAGGGAACAGCGAGUCAACAUGGUCCAGAGUUUGGAGCAGUAUGAAUUUCUGCACGAGGCCCUGGCAGAAGCCUUAGAGCUCCAGGAAGGGUCAAUCCCAGGUGUGAAUUUCUCCAGCGUGUUUGCUGAUCUCUGUACUGUUAACCCGGAGACUGGACAACUGGAGAUAGCAGAACAGUUCCAGCGGCUGAAUGAGAAAACCCCUCCUCUGGACAAGGCUACUCUGGUGACAGCUUUACAUCCUGACAACCUGCACAAGAAUAGGUCUGACAAAAUUGUCGCCGCGGACAACUACAGGCCUUACUUAUCCACUCCAGUGGCUGGCAAAAACAACUACAUAAACGCCGUCUUCCUUUCCAGCUAUAUGCUGAAGAGAGGUUUCAUCAUCACACACACGCCAUUACCGAAGACUGUGGUGGAUUUCUGGCGUCUGGUUUAUGAUCACGGCAUCGCCACCAUCGUUAUGCUGGACGAUGUGGACAACGAAUCUGAGAACGUGGGUAUAUACUGGACGGAGAAAAGGAAAACGUUCGAUCCUUUUGACGUAAAAUGUACGCAGAAGGAAGAGGAAAGUGGCUUCACAGUAAGGACGUACAACCUGGCCUAUAAGGACACGAAAGUGUCGUGUCCAAUCAAGCAGUUCCGCUGUGGGCUCUGGUCGAGCGCGCCUUCUUGUGAUUCAAUUCCUUCCCUGCUGGCCGUCAUAGAUGGCGUGACAAGCUGGCAAAAGGUGGCCGGACACCAGCCUAUCUUGGUUCACUGCAGGGACGGACUAACAAACAGUGGACUAUUCUGCGCGGCCUCAUUUGUACUGGAGAGACUGAAACUUGACCGAGACGUGAACAUUCCUCAAGCAGUCAAACAAAUGCGGGUGGCCAGGCCUCAGAUAAUCACUGAUUUGGAUCAGUUCCAGUUCCUCCACCAGGUGGCGCUGGCAUAUCUGGAAACUUUCCACACCUAUGCCAACUUCAAAUAA